AACGGGCGCUCGAUGAGCACGCAGGCCAUGCAGUCCCUGUACGAGCUGCGGCAGAACAACCAGUUGUGCGACGCGGUGCUCAGGCUGGAGGACGGUGGCGUGUUCCCCGUGCACCGCGCCAUCCUGUCGGCCUGCUCGCCGUACUUCAGGGCCCUGUUCACCACGACGCUGCACCCGAAUGAGAAAACGGACAUCCUGCUGCUCGGCAUCACCAGCGACAUCAUGAACCUCGUGCUGGAGUACGCGUACCUGCGCUCGCUCGACAUCACCAAGACCAACGUGUGCCAGCUGCUGGUGGCGGCCGACUUCCUGUGCGUGCUGGGGGUGCGCGACAUGUGCUGCGGCUUCCUCAACACCAACAUGGCGCCCGACAACUGCAUCGGCAUCCUGCACUUCGCCAGGGACCACUUCUGCACCGCGCUGCAGGCCUCGGCGCACCAGUUCAUGAUGAGGCACUUCGUGCAGGUGGCGCAGGAGAGCGAGGAGCUGCUGCACCUGGAACUCGAGGAGCUGGCGCGCAUGCUGGCCGCGGACGAACUCAACGUCAAGUCGGAGGAGGCGGUGUGGGAGUGCGCGCUGCGGUGGGUGAACCACGACCCGGACGCCCGCAAGCACCACAUCGUCACCCUCAUGAAGAGCAUCCGCCUGGGCCUGCUCGACACGCAGUUCUUCCUCGAGAACGUGAAGGACCAUCCGUACGUGACGGGCAACGAGGCGUGUCGGCCCGUCAUCAUCGAGACCCUCAAGUUCCUCUACGACUUGGAGAUGAUCACGCAGAAGGACGGCGAGAUCCCCACCCCGGAGAUCGCCCGGCCGAGGGUGCCGCACGAGAUCCUGUUCGCGAUCGGCGGCUGGACGGACGGCAGCCCCACCAACUUCAUCGAGACGUACGACACGCGCGCCGACCGCUGGGUCAAGGUGGACGACGUGGACCCGGCGGGGGCGCGCGCCUACCACGGCACGGCGGUCGUGGACUUCAACAUCUACGUCAUCGGCGGCUUCGACGGCAUGGACUACUUCAACUCGUGCCGCUGCUUCAACGCCGUCAACAAGACGUGGCGGGAGGUGGCGCCGAUGAACGUGCGGCGCUGCUACGUGUCGGUGGCCGUGCUGCGCGGCCUGGUGUACGCCAUGGGCGGCUACGACGGCCACCACCGGCAGAACACGGCGGAGCGCUACGACCACCGCACCAACCAGUGGUCCCUCAUCGCCCCCAUGAUGAUGCAGCGCUCCGACGCCAGCGCCACCACGCUCAACGAUCGCAUCUACAUCACCGGCGGCUUCAACGGGACGGAGUGCAUGAACUCGGUGGAGAUGUACGACCUGGACACCAACCAGUGGUCGCUCAUCACCCCGAUGCGCUCGCGCCGCUCCGGCGUGUCCUGCAUCACGUACCACGGCUGCCUCUACGUCGUAGGCGGCUUCAACGGCAUCUCCAGGAUGGGGAGCUGCGAGAAGUACAACCCGGCCACCAGCACCUGGACGCCCAUCCCGGACAUGUACAACCCGCGCUCCAACUUCGCCAUCGAGGUCAUCGACGACAUGAUCUUCGCCAUCGGCGGCUUCAACGGCGCCACCACCAUCUACCACGUGGAGUGCUACGACGGCCGCAGCAACGAGUGGUACGAGGCCACGGACAUGAACAUCUACCGGUCCGCGGUCUCGGCCUGCGUCAUCAUGGGGCUGCCCAACGUGCUGGACUACAUCCACAAGCACCGCGAGCGGCUCAUGGAGGAGAAGCGCCAGAAGCUGCUCGCGCUGGAGACGCAGCGCGAUCGACACCAACAACAACAACAUCCUGAUGCCGAACGUCAUCAGGAACCCCGUGGCGAACCCCGUGAACGACAACAACAACAACCUCGAUGCGGCCAACAACAACGACGAGGAACGCAACCAAUAAAGCCCUUGCGAGGGCGGCAUCUCGUCGGCGCAACCCAGCCUCGCAAUUCGGAGCCCUUUGUUUCGCCUCCCCGCCGGACGGACAGGGUUUGCUUUGGCGGCGUGGCCGAAAGGGUACACCGCCAGACUCGUAAUUAACAGGAUCCUGGUUCGAAUGCCAGCAAUUUUUUUUUGUAUAUUAGCAUUUCCUGCUGUGCAGCCCGGCGGUUCAGAAUCCUCAGCAACCCCCAGUUUGUUUUAAACCUGAUUUUUAACCGGCCUGAGUGAUUCGACCAAACUUCCGCCUUUUGCGUAUAAUGUCUCGGCUGCGCCCCCGGCCACGGCCCCGUGCCAUCGG